AUGGAAACCAAGGUCGCCACCGAAACCCAGCCAACGAUGCUCGCACUCGCUCUCUAUAAAUUCGGAAAACCAGAUACGUACAACAUAGCAACUAUUCCAAUCCCAAAGAUCACGGAUCAAAACGAUGUAUUGAUCAAAGUGGAGGCCGCAAGUGUCAAUCCUAUUGAUGUCAAGAUGGCGAGUGGUUUUGCAAAGAUGAUGUUUGACGUUAAAUUCCCUUACUUGAUGGGCUACGACGUAUCAGGCACUGUCGUAUCCGUCGGUUCUUCCGUCACUCAUGUCAAACUCGGCGACGAAGUCUACUCCCGCGUGCCUGAACGUCACCGCGGAACCAUUGGUAAGCACGUUUCCAAUUCGUCUUCACAUUCGGUCCACGAAUUCGUCAACCCCAAAAUCCGCUGUCCCUAUCCUCCUCCCCGAACCUUAAAACUCCCUAAAGAUGCUAUGUCGAUAAUUGACUUUCUCUUUCAAGCACAAUACUGUCUCUCGACGUGCUCAGCCGUUGCCCAUAAACCAUCUUCUUUAUCGCAUUCCGAAGCUGCUGCUGUUCCUCUAGCAGCGCUCACGGCCUAUCAAUCCGCACUUCGAGCAGAUAGUCAGUUACCUGGCGGACUUAAAGGUAAAACAGUACUCAUCCCUGCCGGGAUGAGCGGAACAGGUAGUAUCGCUGUCCAGCUCGCUAAGAAUGUUUUUGGGGCUGAGAGAGUCAUUACUACUUUAAGUACUGGGAAGAUCGGUAGAGCAGAGGAACUGUUUGGUAAGGGGAUUAAAGUUGUAGAUUAUACCAAAGAGGAUGUUGUAAAGAUGAUAGGGAAUGGAUCCGUAGAUUUCCUCUUUGACACCACAUCAUGUGCACUCUCCCUUGGUCCCCUCGUCAAGAAAGGAGGAGUCAUCGUCUCAAUAUCCAUGGUACCCGGCGGUACCGCAACCAUUGAGCGUAUGAUUCGUCAUAUUGACGGCGUAUCCGACGGAGGUGCUGAAGUCACAUUGAGUUGGUGGAUUGCCAAGAUUAUGGAUUUCUUGGAUUGGAGCUUGAGGAAGUGGGCAAGUUGGAAUGGAAGAACAUAUAGUUAUUUAAUGAUGGAGCCAAGUAGGAAGGACCUAGACAAGCUAACAGGGUGGAUUAAAGAAGGGAUUUUGACGCCGAUCAUUGGGUCUGAAGUUAAACUUGAGGAUAUUGUUGGGGUGAGAAAAGGGUGCCAGGAGGUUUUUACUGGAAAGGGCGGGAUGGGGAAGUUUGUUAUUACUCCUUGA